UCGGCGCUGCGAGCGGCUGGUCGCGAGUUGGGUCCGGAGUGCGCCGACGAUUCCCGCGGGCUUUACCCAUGUCAUCCAGAGAAAGUGAGGGGAACCAUGUGGUUCCAGACGGCAAGGAGUUGGAGCAGCAGACCGUGAUCAGCCGGGUCGCAAGCCUUCCGUUGGUGAGCUCCACCUGCCUCAUGGUCUCCUCGGCCUACACCUCCACCAAGGAGACACAUCCCUACCUGAAGUCCAUCUGCGAUGUGGCAGAGGAAGGAGUGAAGACCCUCACGGCGGCAGCCCUGUGUGGUGCCCAACCUCUCAUGGCUAGGCUGGAGCCUCAGAUUACAACGGCCAGUGUGUAUGCAUGCAGGGGCUUGAAUAAACUGGAGGAGAAACUGCCCAUUCUGCAGCAGCCAUCUGAGAAGGUUGUAGCAGUCACCAAGGAGCUGGUGUCCAACAAAGUCACGGGAGCCCGAGAUGCCGUCUCCACCACUGUCAAUGGGGCAAAGGACGUUGUGUCCAGUGGAGUGAGUGGGGUGAUGGACAUGGCCAAGGGGGCUGUCCAGGGCAGCGUGGAGAUGACUCGGUCAGUCGUGGCAGGUGGUGUGAACAGCGUGAUGCAGUCCAGAGUCAGCAAGAUGGUGGCCGCCAGUAUGGAUACUGUGCUGGGGAAGUCCGAAGAAUUGGUAGAUUACUAUCUUCCGAUAACAGAUCAAGAGCUCACUGAACUGGCCACCGCCAUGGAGGGCUUCGAAAUAGCCACGAUGGAGCAGCAGAAGGAGCAGAAAAGCUACUUUGUGCGCCUGGGAUCCUUGUCGAGCAAGCUUCGCCACCGGGCCUUCCAACACUCCCUGGCCAAGUUGAAGAGCGCCAAGCAGGGCACCCACGAUGCCCUUUCGCAGCUCCACCAGACCUUAGUACUGAUUGAACAUGUCAAACAGGGUGUGGACCAGACCCUGCAGCAUGGCCAGGAGAAGCUCCAUCAGAUGUGGCUGCUGUGGCACCAGAUGCAUCCUGAGAACCACAAGCAACCGGAUUCAUCAACAGAGGUCGAGUCCCGGGCGCUGGCCAUGUUUCAUGGACUGGUUCAACAGGCGCGGCUUUCCUACCUGACCUUGGUGUCCCAGCUCCAGGGCCUUCCUGCCAGCAUCCACGACAAAGCGAAGUUAGUCCGGCACACGGUGGAGGGUCUCCAUUCAUCCUUCUUGACAGCCCAUUCCUUCCAAGAAGUGCCCUCUGCAGUCUUGGCUCAGAGCUGCAAACGGAUUGCCACGGCCCGGGGAUCGGUGGACGAAAUAGUGGACUAUGUGGCUCAAAAUGUUCCUCUCCCCUGGGUGGUGGGGCCUUUUGCCCCCAGCUUGGUGGAGCUCCCUUACGCACUCAGCAUCAAUGGUGAGGAGGAGGAAGAAGGCCCCCGACACCAACUCACGGCAGAGCCCAGGAACCUCCCACCCCAGGGAUUGUCUGUCCAGAAGGAAGAUCCUUAGAACAGUGUAUCUCGACCUUGGCAGCUUUAAGAUGUGUGGACUUCAACUCCCAGAAUUCCCCAGCCAGCUCUGCUGGCUGGGGAAUUCUGGGAGUUGAAGUCCACACAUCUUAAAGCUGCCAAGGUUGAGAAAUGCUGCCUUGGAGCAUUAAAAAACAGCUCCUGCAAACUCUUGUAGUUCUCCAGGCUAUUGCAAGACAAUUCUAAGACCAUGGUUCAAGCAGAGCCCCAGUUCCCAGACAAUCCCAGGAAUGUAGAUUUCAGAUGGAUUGCCUUCUCUCCAUUGUGCCUUUGGAAGUUCAGAUUGCGGGGUCUGGGGGAGGACCCAAAGAGCCAAGAGGGUGCCUUGGAUGCUUUAUAAAAGGGGUGGGGGUUCCGUCAUGCCACUGUGGCUCCCAUCUUCAUUAUUUCGAUACACCCUCCCUGCAGACAGCCCUAACAUUGUACAAGAUUGAAUAAGUGGGUUUUCUCAUAACUGAAUCCUGACUGAGCCAGUAAAGUCUUUUCCCAAAUGUUAA